AUGCUUAAAGCGGCAGGACUUCCGCUCGGGGAAGACACCUUUACGGCGCACGAGAAGCUGCUCAAGCACUGGCCGGGGGACGGGGAACGCUGGAAGCAGACGUGUGAGGUGUUCUUAAAAUCGCCCUUGGCCGUGACGGGGAGGGCUCCCGGUAAAGAGGAGGCGGCUCAAGAGCGGUUGGUUUUUAACAGACACAUCCUGUUGAACGGCACGAAUCCGGUCGGAGGUCAACAGGCGACAAAAGGUCUAUGGGAGACGCGCCUAGGGGACUUAGUAGCUGCCGAUUCCUCAGGCGCAGCGGUGAUGAAGGACCUGGAAACCCUUGGAAAGGAGCUGAGGGGGAAGGAGUCGGCUUGGCUGGCUCUCAAGGCGUGGGAAGCUGCCCCGCAAGAAUGGAAGGAGCUCCUGGUCCCUGUCGCAGCACAAGGGGAGACGGGGGGGGACUGCGGCAACAGCACAUGCAGGCAGGCAGCCCCACCCGUGGCGCUGCAGCUGCCCGGCACGUGGCAGCUGCUGAGCUCCGUGUCGUGGUCGCUGGCCAAUGUGCUCACUGUCGCGCCGGCGGACCUGGUGGACGUGCUCAGCGCCAUCCAGGCGGGCGCCAAUGGGCAGCUCUACAUCGGCUUCACGGGCAACAACAGCAGCUCGUCAGGAAAGCUCGUUGGUGGCAGGCUUUGA